AUGUUUUAUUCUCACGAGAUCCUUGCGAGCCCUCAGUAUGGCGUCGCGACGGUCUGGCUGGUUGCCAAUCUAGGCGUCUAUACGAGCAACCGCAAGGUCAACCGCAAGUCCAUUGAAGGCGUCAACGUUCCUCAAGCAUGCGACACCAUCGAAAAGCCUCCCGGGGCUCCAAUUGCCUUGCGACUGCAAGGAAACCUUCUCUACGGCGUGUCUGGCGUGUACCUCAAGAAGCACAACUACCUCCUCGAAGAUGCCCAGAAGAUGUGGACACAUAUGCGGGCUUUCUACCGUUCUCUUCAACAGUCUGCAUCGAACGAGAUAGACACCAACGCUGGAAAGGCCAAGCGAUCCCAACUUAUCCUUGGUGAUGACCCCAACUUCGUUCCGAGUUUCGACCUGCCUCCCCUUGACUUUGACGAGAACGGAGACCUGCUGCUUCCUGUGUGGGACUUCAGCCAGCAUACCAGGCUAUCCUCACAGCUUUCACCCCUUGACCGAGGCAGUGGAUCUGUCGUUUCCCCAGGAGGCGCACCCCUCAUCAAUCUCAACAUUCGUCACUCUUCAAGCCAAGAUAGCCUAGGAAUUCCUCCGCCUUUCGGUGGCAAACCACAAAAAGACGACCCCGACUUCGAAAUGGUUUUCGGAGAGGAAGAGGUGCUGCCUUUUGAAGACUUCGGCCUUCUCGUCGACGCGGACGGAAAUCUCGUCGAGCAGCCCGAGCCGGAGUUGCCUCCUCAUCCCCAAAGCGAAGCUGCCAUGGUUGGCGAAGCUACAAACAAAGUUGGCGGCGCGCCUGCCUUCCCCGACGACGAACCCAUGUUCAUUCCCGGCGACGAAGAUCAGAUGAUCGUUGGUGAUGACCCCUUUGCCGAGGUGGCGGUCGGCCAAGCCCAACAAAACCCCCAACAAAGCGAAGUGCCCCUUCCUUCUGAGGAGUUAAUCAGCUCCGACGAACCUCAGCAGCCCCAGCAGCGCAAGAAGCGAAAUGUCAAGCGCCUCGCCCCCGACGUUGCUACUCAUGUGGGCCGAGAAGAAUUCAAGGGUUGGUCAGAGAACUACAUCGCUCGAGUGGAAGAGGCCCGCAGCGUCCAUCACGAGGUCACAGCAGCUCAGGCAAGAAAGAAUGCGUACAAUCUCACCUUUGGCAUGGGCGUCAUGGGCAUUGGCGUCCUUAACACCGUCCCCAGACUCGAGCAUCCGCUGGCCGAAUUCUUUGCUGGUGAUGAGCUCAAGGCCAUUGUCAUGGGCGAUGCUGAGGCGGAGGCCGAGGAGGAAGAUGAGGAAGAAGCUCGGUCCCGUCGUCGCCGAUCUGCCUCGGACGCCUUCGGGGAGGACGAAGACGUGUUCAACGAACGCCGGGUCCGCCCUCGCACUGACGAAGCCGAACCCGAAGCUGAAGAGCAAGAUCCUCAGAUCGGCCGCAAUGCGCACGAGCAAGACGGCCGAGGAAUCGACGACCCAAUGAUGAUGUUCGGCGAUGACUUGCCUGAGAUUGGCCGUGAGCAUCACGGCUCCGCCAUGUCUGACCAUCAUCGCUCGUCCAACGCGCCUUGGAACCGUCCCUCGUCGGCGAUCCCUUCCUCAAUUCGCAGUCAGAAGGGUCGCGAGGCAGGCAGCCAUGCUGUUGAGGGCAGCCCACUCGUGGGCCGAGGCAGCAUACUCGCCAACGACCCGCGGUUCAAUGAUGGCGACAUGAUGUCUUUCGGCUACGACGGCCUGGACCGCAACAUGAACGACGCCGCACACGAACACAGUUCCCUCAGCGAGUUCGGCGCUGCCGCUGGCGUCGGUACACAGGAGGCCAACACGAGCCAGUUCAUGCGCAACGCUCUGGACCGCGAGGGUCGCAACUUCCUCAGUUUCGUGGAGCGUGUUGCCGUCGAGCGUGGCGAGCAGGACGAGGAGGAAGAGAACCGCCGCUGGGUCGAGUUUGACAGCCUCUUCGAGGAGCAGGACCAGACGAAGCCGGUUGCAGCGCAGGCUUUCCUGCAUGUCUUGACCCUCGCGACAAAGGGCCAGAUCAAGGUGAAGCAAGAGGGCAUCAAGGAGAAGAUUGCGUACGGUGAGAUCCGCGUCGGUGUUACUGCUCCGUCCGUGGGGCAGCCGGAGGAUGCGCCUGAGCAGGCUGCGGGUGGAGAGGACGACGAGUAG